CAAGUACUCCACCAAUUUCGAUCCUCGGAGUAGAUCUGGGAAUAGGAUCUUGAUAUACAAUUGGGCAAAAAUGGCACCCUCAAAAUCCUCGACAAUGUCCGAACAAGAACCUGAAGUUCCACGGUUGCCUAUGCCCUCACGGAAUCCAUUACCACUUUCUUCAGCACAGGAAUCGCAAGUGCGGGAGCUAUAUCAUGCGAGAGUGAGGGGGUAUUGCGCUGCGGAGAUUAAAGGUGUGUGGAUUUGCCAAUUGCUAUAUGUAGAGGGAAUUUCCUUCAAUAACCGGAAAUACAAACCUAUAUAUGAAAUGCACAAUACAUAAUAAUAAGAAUGCUAACUUCCUCCUCAUGUAGUCUUCGCAGAAUGCGCCCUCGGCCGUACAUUCACAGCUCCCUUUAAAUGCCGCGCUCAAAACCGUCUCAUGAACGCAUGUAUGGUCCAACACGCCACCCAAUCCGAACAAGACGCCGCACGAGAAGAAUGGUUCGCCACACGAUUAAAGCGUCAGCGAGAUCGCGAGAAGCGAGAAGAGAGGAGGAAAGAACAGGAAAAGUUCCACCGAGAAUGGUGGGGGUUACCCGAGGUGGAUCGAGAAGGAGCGAAAGGGGAUGCGAUUCUAAAAAAGGCGGAAAGAGUGGGCGGGUUUCCAAAGAGGGAUGAUGCUGAAGGGACGCUCAGUAAAGACCGCCAUCGAUGAUGAUGGGAAUUGAUAUGUACAAAAUGGCGUUUUGGGGGUGCAUUGCCGGUGUUGGGUUGGGCGGAUUGCAAGGGGACCUGCGUGUAACAUAGGACUGUGCAUACAGUGAAAUCGUUACUUCGAAAACUGGCUUUCGAUCGUCCCCUGAUUGGCGUAGAGCUUGUACUUUGAAGCUCGGCAAUUUCUGGAUUAGUAUGAUGGGUGUUGGAUAU